AAACCACUGCCUGAGAUGCUUAAAGAUUCUAAAAGCACGAUUCUUUCCCUUGCAGCUCCCAGCCCCACUACAGCUGUUCCUUACAUGUCGGUGAAGUGCAUUGAUGUAAGAAAAAACCACCACAAGACCAAGUGGCUGAUGCCCUGGGGAUCCAACCCCUGCGAGAAGCUCAAGGACUUCGAUGAGGCGGUCAGCAGGCAGAUCGAGGCCAAUGACAUUGUCUUUGCUGUGCAUAUCCCUCUCCCCAACAAGGAGAUGAGCCCCUGGUUCCAGUUCAUGCUCUUCAUCAUGCAGCUGGACAUCGCCUUCAAGAUGGACAAUGACCUGAAAGAAAAUGCAGAAAUUACCCUGGAUGUGUCCUUAGCGUAUCGUGAUGACAUGUUUAAUGAUUGGGAAGAAAUAGCGCAUGCAAUAGAGAUCAGGAAGCUGAAAUGCACCUUUGGCUCCCCAAAAACCCUGGAGUCUGAGGGCCGUCACUACGACUGCGACUUCCUUCCCUUCAUGGAGAUCGGCAGCGUGGCUCACAAGUACUACCUCAUCAACAUCCGCCUGCCCGUCAACGAGAGGAAGGGCAUUAAUGUGGGCAUCGGGGAAAUCAAGGACAUCCGCCUGGUGGGUAUCCACCAGAACGGAGGCUUUACAAAAGUAUGGUUUGCCAUGAAGACCUUCCUCACCCCCAGCAUUUUGAUCAUCAUGGUCUGGUACUGGAGGCGGAUCACGCUGAUGACGCGCGCUCCUGUUCUGCUGGAGAAGGUCAUCUUUGCUCUGGGAAUUUCCAUGACAUUCAUUAACAUCCCAGUGGAAUGGUUUUCCAUCGGAUUUGACUGGACUUGGAUGUUGCUCUUUGGAGACAUUCGACAAGGCAUUUUCUAUGCCAUGCUGCUGUCGUUUUGGAUCAUCUUCUGUGGAGAGCACAUGAUGGACCAGAAUGAGCGGAACCGCCUCUCAGGGUACUGGAAGCAGGUUGGACCCAUAGCUGUUGGCUCCUUCUGCCUCUUCAUCUUCGACAUGUGUGAGAGGGGAGUGCAGCUGAAAAAUCCCUUCUACAGCAUCUGGACCACCGAGGUUGGCACAGAGCUGGCUAUGGCCUUUAUUAUAGUCGCAGGAAUCUGCUUGUGCCUCUAUUUUCUCUUCUUGUGUUUUAUGGUCUUCCAAGUGUUCAGGAACAUCAGUGGAAAGCAGUCCAGCCUGCCAGCAAUGAGCAAGGCCCGCCGCCUGCAUUACGAGGUAGUCACUCCCUGCUGCAUGGAGCCUUUGUUUUUAAAAUGUCUUUUCACCUGAGGACUCUACUGAAAC